CAAAGCAGAGCGGCCACCCGGACCUCGUUCACCUGCCCGGGCGACUUAGGUGGUGCUGGCCAUGGCUUGGAGAGUGUGCUGCAGGCUGGGGGCCCAACUGAGGAGGCUUCCUGGACGGAGGCACGCAUGGGGGCGCCGAGACAUCGCCUCCUGCAUAGACCCCACAGUGGGUUUGACCGAGGAGCAGAAGGAGUUCCAAAAAGUGGCCUUUGACUUUGCUGCCAAAGAGAUGGCCCCCCACAUGGCUGAGUGGGAUGAAAAGGAAAUAUUCCCUGUGGAGACAGUGCGGAAAGCAGCCCAGCUGGGGUUUGGUGGGAUCUAUGUGCAGCCGGACGUGGGGGGCUCUGGGUUGUCCCGGCUCGACACCUCCAUCAUCUUUGAGGCUCUGUCGACGGGCUGUGUCAGUACGACAGCUUAUAUCAGCAUCCACAACAUGUGCAAUUGGAUGAUCGACACCUUUGGGACAGAGGAACAGAGGCACAAGUUCUGCCCGUCGCUUUGCAGCAUGGAAAAGCUUUCCUCCUACUGUCUGACUGAGCCAGGAAGUGGAAGUGAUGCGGCUUCCCUGCUAACUUCAGCCCGGAAGAAAGGGGACACUUACAUUCUGAACGGCUCCAAGGCCUUCAUUAGUGGUGGCGGCGACACAGACCUGUAUGUGGUGAUGUGCCGGACGGGAGGGCCAGGCCCCAAAGGAAUCUCAUGCCUGGUUCUGGAGAAGGGGACUCCCGGCUUGAGUUUUGGCAAAAAGGAGAAAAAGAUGGGCUGGAACUCCCAGCCGACACGCGCUGUGAUAUUUGAGGACUGUGCCGUUCCGGUCACCAACCGGCUGGGAGAGGAAGGAACGGGCUUCAACAUCGCCAUGAAGGGCUUGAAUGGAGGGAGGAUUAACAUUGCUUCUUGCUCUCUAGGUGCCGCGCAUGCCUCAGUCCUUUUGGCUCGGGAUCACCUUAACGUCCGCAAGCAGUUCGGGGAGCUGUUGGCUAGCAAUCAGUACCUCCAGUUUCGGCUGGCAGAGAUGGCAACCCGCUUGGUGGCUGCCCGGCUCAUGGUGCGAAACGCGGCGCAGGCACUGCAGGAGGGGCGCGAGGAUGCUGUGGCCCUCUGCUCCAUGGCCAAGCUCUUUGCCACGGAUGAAUGCUUUGCGAUCUGCAACCAAGCCCUGCAGAUGUACGGGGGCUACGGGUACCUGAAGGAUUACGCAGUGCAGCAGUUUGUACGAGACAUCCGUGUGCACCAGAUUUUGGAAGGCACUAACGAAGUGAUGAGAAUGAUCGUGGCCAGGAAUUUGCUACAGCCAUAGCGUCAGGAGCUGGUCUUCAGACCCUUGCUUUGCUGGAUACGAAUUUGGAAAAAGGAGAGUUUGGAGGAGAGUUUUCUUUUUCAGCACCUGCACUCCACCCACCCACCGAUCUCUGCCCCGAUGGGCAUGGCUCAAAACCCACCAGGUGGCAGAUGGUGAAUGCAGAGCCUUUGCCCCCAAAAGGCCAGCUGCAGGCCUGUUUCUCUGCUCCUCCAAAAGAAACACAGCACUGGCUGAAACUAAACAGCCUGCAUCCUCUCCAGCAUUUCAAGUUAGCUCCCAAUUAGCGGGAGCUACAGUCUUUUGAUGGGCUUUGAUACCAGAGCCUUGCAAUGCGGGUGGGCAGAAGGAAGAGAAAAUCCGUUCUGGGUUUUGCACAGGUUGGGGGAAAGGGAUAAGCUUGUUACAUCCUUAUUUCCUAGAGAGUACACAUUUUCCCCAGGGGAAAACCACAAAGGCCUUUUAAGCUUUGCCUUUUCUUUCAAGACACAGGUCCUCUUUUUUUAGGUCAAGCUGGCAGGUGAGGAGGAGAUCUCUCUUACUAAAUCAGGGGUGGCUAAAUCCAGAUGUUGCUGACAUCUCCCAUCAGCACCGGAGUCAGCAUAGCCAUUGGUUAGGGAUGAUGGAAGUUGUAGUUCUGCAAUAUCUGGAAGGCCGCAACUUAGCCCUUCCUGUAGUAAACCCAAAGGAGCAGGAACCUGCAGCCU